GCAUGAAAUAGAACCUUGAAAUUGUAAAUUAUUGUAAGAAGUCAUGACAUCGAAAACAUUAAGUAUAGAACAGAGUAACGAGACAAAACGUGUCGUGAUGAUAAUGAAUCGAGGUCCAUAAACCAGAGACUGCGAACGCUUGAGGUUAAUCAUUCUCGAUAUCACGCUCCAAAUGCUUGUGCAGCUUGAUCGUAAUUUUGUUCGAGUGCCAGGAUUUUGUAUCAGCUGAUGAACUCAGAAUUAUUUUAUAGAAUCGAGUGACUAAACGAUCAUCGAAGAUUUAUCUAGUCUUUUAUUGACAGAAUACGUUGAUAUGGCAGAUUUCGCGUUAAAUGAAUUUAGCAGUGAUCAGACUGAAAAAAUCCUUCAGUUUCAGGAUUUAACGGGUAUCGAAGACCUAUCAAUCUGUAGAGAUGUUUUGCAAAGGCAUAACUGGAAUUUAGAAGUAGCCGUACAGGAACAACUAAAUCUCUACGAAGGAAGACCAUCAAUGUAUGCACAGGAUUCGAGGUCAAGGCCACCACAAGUUGUUGAUGACAGCAAUUCUAGAAUAUAUUUUCAUUAUUCUGGUAGUUCUAGCGGCAGUGGUAGUUACCUGUGGUAUAUCUUUUCGUUAUGUUAUGAAAGAGUGAUCCGCAUCCUACAAUUACUUCUAUCCAUAUUUAGGAGAAAUGUUAGACCUGUAUCAGCUGAUCCAGUGGAAGAUGUAAUUAACUUCAUUCGAUCCUAUGAAGAACGUUAUGGUAAUAGUCAUCCUGUUUUCUAUCAAGGUUCUUAUAGUCAAGCUCUUUCAGAUGCAAAGCAAGAAUUAAGAUUUUUAUUGGUAUACUUGCAUAAAGAUGAAGCUCAGAAUAUCGAUCAGUGGUGCAGGAAUACAUUAGGUAAUCUAGAAGUUGUUCGGUACAUAAAUGUACAUACAUUGUUUUGGGCAUGUAAUGUACAAUCAGGUGAAGGUUACAAAGUGGCAGAAGCUCUUAAAUCUGGUUCUUAUCCUUUCCUGGCUAUUAUCGUUCUAAAGGACAACAGAAUGACAAUUGUUGGCCGGAUGGAAGGCACACCGUCUCCUUCUGAUUUGAUAUCUCGUUUGCAAACAAUCGUAGAGCACAAUGAAAUUAAUUUAAUACAAGCCCGCCAAGAAAGAGCGGAACGUAGUGCCGCACAAUCUUUACGCCAACAACAAGAUCAAGCCUAUGAAGAAUCAUUACGUGCAGAUCAAGAGAAAGAUCGUAGAAGAGAAGAAGAACGAAAAGCGCGAGAAGAACAAGAAGCUAGAGAAAAGGAACAAUUAAAUGCACAAGAAUUGGAAAUUCAACGUAUUCGUCGUGAGAAAGAACUUACUGUACACAAAGUACCUCUUGAACCAGAGCCUACACAUUCUAAUGCAUGUCAUCUUCAAAUUAAACUCGGAGAGAGAACGAUGAAAAGGCGUUUCUUAAUGUCUGACACAAUAGAAGAUGUUUAUCAUUGGAUAUUUAGUCAACCAGAUUCUCCAGUGAGUUUCGAAAUAACAACAAGUUUUCCGAAAAGAAUUUUAUAUCCAUGUAGAGAAGUCUUAACAUUAUCAGAUGCUGGAUUAACUCAUAGAGAAGUUCUUCAUGUUAAUGAUUUAGAUGAUUAACCUCUAAUGACAUUUCAAUACUGCAUUCUUUGUGUUUAAGUAUCAUUCCAUGGAAAAAUGAUACUGCCGUAAGAGACAUUUAUCAAAAGAUAAUAAAUAUAUAUAUAUAUACAUAAAUAUAUAUAUAUUUGAUACAUUCGAGUAUUUUAUGUGAAGCGUAGCUCGAUGACGAGAGUGCAGUUAUGCAACGGGUCUAUGAAAUACAUUGGAGAAAAAGAAAUCGGAAACCGUCUAAUUAUACUGCACGAAAAGGAUCGUUUCAGCUACAAGUAUAUUUAUCGUGUGUCACGAAAUACAACACGUUCACUGAAAUAUACAUUGAAUAAUAUAAAAGGGCAGAUUUCAUUGUAGAAACUGAAAAGAAACUUAUAUAAUACGUCAUCAGAAAAGCUGUACACCAAACAUUUAUUACACUUGUCUUAAUACAUUUUAGCUUAAAAAAAUCUUUUAAUAAGCUGACUAAAAGAUGUAAGUACUUUACAAAGCUGAAGAAGCAAAAAAUGUUAUAUGUUAUAAUUAAAGCACAGAUUUAUAGUAUUUGCACUUGAUAAUUUUCUGAAAGUCAAAAUCACUUUAUUGUAAUGUUUCAAAUCUGUACUUUAAAUGUAACUAAUGAAACAAUUUCUGACAAGUGUGUGUUUCUUUUGCAUUUUGCCGUCCUUACAAUUCUGGUCAGUCUUAUUAAAAAUCAUAUUAGAUACAAUGAAAGAGCGAAUUCAUAAUAGAUCAUUCGGUUAAAUGAAAUUGUACUCGAUGGAAAUUUUUGUAUGAGGAAAGAGAGAAAGGAGUUAAGCGAUAAUAGUUCAUCUUAGAAUAUCAGAUUUUUUUGUAUAUGAUAAUUUUAUGAGUGUGAACACGACG